AUGAGGCGGUAUGCAAAACCGCUUGUAAACCAUUAUAAGAACAUUCGAUGGAGUCCCGAGGUACCGAAAAAGGUUAAAACAAUUCUGAAUGACAGGACGGUUGAACCUUUGAAACAAGCCGACAGUUCCGCUUUAAUUAAUUUCUAUAUGGCAAAUCAAAAACAAGCGCCAACGCUUACCGAGAGAAACUAUGUCAUAAGGUACUUAUAUGAAAAGCAUGCAUUCACGAAUGUUGUCACUUUUGGAAAGAAAUUUUUGUUCGUGAAUGGUGGAGGAAGUAAUCUACGGGAGGAUGCAUCGUUCAAUGAACUCAAAAGGUAUCUCAAGGCUGUUAUAAGAACGGAACGAUUUUACUUUCUCGAUGUUGUGAUGACACAGGUAAUUUCUCAGUUUUCAUUAAACAGAAGGAGCGCGGUAAUUGAUAUCAUAAAUAGUGUUUUUGUCGACUUAAAUGAUUAUGUCAAGUCUAAAAAUGAAAUUGACGCAAUAGUACCGAUCCUGAAGUGGAACAGGUGGAUAAAGUUAUUAAUGGGUCAUUGUGACUUUUCAAAUUAUAUCCAAUACAAAUAUGUCCUCAAGACCUUAUUGUUCUUUCUGCGACAGAAAAGGAAAAAUGAUGAGAUAUUUUUUCAAAGGUCUCUGAAUGCGAUAAACACAACCCAGGGACCUUCAUCAGCAUCACAGUUUGCAACAACAUUGAUGUAUCUCUUUGCGUACGACGGAAACACACCUUUGGUGGAGACCAUGUGGUCUUUCAAAGUUGAAAAAGGCUUACCCAUUGUCGCAUCAGAUUUAACCACCAUUUUGAAAAGCUAUUGUUAUUUCCAAAAAUAUUCUCUAGUACAGCAAACUUAUGAUAAAUAUCCUGAGGCACACAAUGAUCAAUCGCAGUUUGAUUACCUUUUGGUAGCUUAUGCGAACUCAGCAAAUUGGCAGGGACUGCAAGAUCAAUUUAAUGCUCUCUUUGGAGUCGGAGAAUUGCCAAACAUCAAACACUAUGGCAUUGUAAUGUACUCAAUGGCGAGAAUAGGGGAACUUGAAAGUGUUGAUAAACUCUAUACGCAAUUGUUGAGGAGAGAGAUGAUUCCCAACUAUCCUGUCCUUCAAUCAUUGCUUCUUGCUCACUACAAGACCGGUGACUUAAAUAGCUGCUUUGCGCAGUUUGAACUGUUUGGCAAAUACUCUGUAGUACCCUCCACUGCUACUUAUACAAUAAUGUUCAAGGUUUAUCGAGGCCUUAGUGACUUAGAUGGUAGUUUACGUCUGCUAAAAAGAAUGACUGAAAAUGAUAGAAAUACAAUUACGGAACAACAUUUUGCUAUUCCGAUACACUUGUGCUCGAGGUUUACUAAUAUUGCUGUCGCACAAGAGCUUUUCACUGUCAUGCUAAAUCAUUACGAUAUAGAACCAACCGGGGUUUCGAUAGCAGCCUUGAUGGAUGUUUACAUCGAAAGUGGCAUGCCCCAAGAAGCACUUAAAUUGUUCAAAAGAUAUGGAAAUUUGAAACCAGUGGAGCAUCGAUUGAUAUCGGUUUAUAAUAAAGCCAUCAAGGCCUUUAUUAAUAUGAAUGAUAGACGUAAUUGCGAGAUCGUUCUUAAUGAAGUUGUAGCACGGAAAAUUACAACAGAUGCCGAAUUCUACAAUAUGACCAUCAGAUAUUUGGUUGAAAUGAAACGAGAUUUUGAAACCGCUGAGCAGACCCUGGAGCACUUAAUGAAGCAUCCCAAAGUUAAGGUCAACGCAUCCCAUUUUGAGACAAUCAUGAGUGCAUACGAUAAGAUUUCCCAUCGAGACGGUGUCUUGACUUUGUAUAAAAAAAUGGUCGAGAACAAAAUUGCUGUAAAUUCAAAAAUACUACAUCUUCUUAUAAAGUCCACUUUCAAAGUUCAAAUGCAAACUAAGGGAGAUCUCCAACAGGCGAUCGAUCUUUUGAAUAGAGUAAUGGAGAGCGCUGCUAAUCACAGCUUAGAUAUCACGUACUGGCGUUUGCAUCCAUCUGUGAUGUCAUGGCCUGUACGAAUAGUGGCAAAAUUUUAUAGUCCCAUGAAGGCACUGGAGCUUUUGAAUCGCUAUAACGAGUUGUUUUAUCCAAAGGAAGAAUCAUGGUCUAAUAACAGAUUCAGUAUAAUGCGCUCACUUUUAGUUUUAUCAGCGGAAACCGAGCAUUGGGAAGAUUUUGAUAACAUUUUUCAAAAGUAUGUGUCACGUAUUUCGCAAUAUCAAAGAUUGGGCUCUUCGUCAGUAAGAAAUGAAAAAUUAUGUACUUUAUUUGUUGGUAUCCUAUUUUACAAAAUUCGGCACCUGGCUGCAAUGCAGAAUAUCACGGCUUUGCCUCCUUUGCUGGUGGAAUUAGAGGAAAAGCGUUUCGUGAUAGAUAACAAUUCGUGGAAUGAAGCAAUCCAAGUCAUGUUUGAAGAUUCGAGAACAAUUGAUGCGGCUCUGAAGAUUGUCAACGAAAAGUUGAUUCAUGGUUAUAACUUGAUCCAUAAAUAUAGGCUACUAAAGAAGCUUGCGGAAACAUCAGCAACAAUGGAACAGAAGCCAUGGCUGCUUCAGCAAAAAAAGCAAGCACCUCACAGUUUUGAACCAACCUUGUAUCUCAAAUCAGAUGUAUAUGUGCAAAUCAUGGAGUCCAUGGAUCGCUACUUGAAUAAUUGUUCUGAAAUAUCAAAGGAAAUUAAGACACUCAUCGAAAAGUACCCCUACUUUAUGAAAAACUAUUUAAUGAAACCAAGAAUGGAAGUCAAUGGAUGGUCUCAAAUUGAAGAUAGACAUGCAUCAUAUCUGGAAAGUGUUAGAUCGAAGAAGAGGAUUGUUCCAGCGUCGGAAUUUUAA